ACUGUAGAAACUGGCCCCCAGCCUGCUUUCUCCGACAGUCCAAUACAGAGACCCCGGCUCCUUCAGGGGAGUAAGGCCACCAUGGCUCAGGCGAAGUCCCUGAUCUUGUUCUCACUGCUACUCCUAGUGCUGCUGGCACUGGGGUGGGUUGAACCUUUCCGGGAAAGGGAAUCACAGGCCAAGAAGUUCAUUCGGCAGCACAUGGACCCAGACGGCUACCCCAGCAUCAGCUCCAGCUACUGUAACCAAAUGAUGAGGCGCCGGAACAUGACGAAAGGAUGGUGCAAGCCAGUGAACACCUUUGUGCACGAGCCCUUGGUUGAUGUCCAGGCUGUUUGCUUCCAGGAAAAGGUCACCUGUAAGGAUGGGCAGUCUAACUGCUACCAGAGCAGCUCCAGCAUGAGCAUUACGGACUGCCGCCUGACAAACGGCUCCAAAUACCCCAAUUGUGCAUACCGAACCAGCCAGAAAAAGAGGCACAUCAUCGUGGCCUGUAACGGGAACCCAUACGUGCCGGUCCACUUUGACGCUUCGGUAGAGGUCUCCACCUGAGACCUUAGCAGUGAGGUGCCCCACCUUAUUGUGUCACCUGCCUCUCCCCCUUUCUUCCUUGCCCUGAGGGAAAUAACUCAAGUUAGGGCUCCUAUCCAACACAAACAUGCUUCCCUGGCCUGAGACUUGCCCCUGAGUGGUUUGGGGGGGCGUGAGAAGUGGGUUGUGAGAUGGGCCCCAUGUCAACCACUUCACUGCUUCUUUCAAUAAAACUUAAUUGCAACCA